GAGAUACUAUCUCAUUAUUUUGAGAUACUAUCUCAUUAUUUUGAGAUACUAUCUCAUUAUAAUGAGAUAACUUGAGUUGGCCCUAUAGCUUGAGAUAUGCUCAACUUGAUAGAAAGAAAUGGAUAUUGAUAAUAUCAUUGAGCAAUACUUCAGAAGUGGUUUUACUAAUCUUGAAAUCUUGCGAGUUUUGGAAGAAACCCAUAAUGUUAAAUUAAGUCUCCGGACGCUGGAGAGAAGACUGCAAAAGAAGCGCCUUUGGCGUAGAAAAAAUAAGACAGAUGUUGCAGAAGUGGCCUCUUUUAUUGAGCAACAACUAAAUGGAUCUGGGAGACAGCACGGCUACAGGUGGAUGCACCAGAAAUGUUGGAUGGCUGGCAUAGUCACAGACAGGGAAACAGUACGUCUUUUGAUGCGCCUAUUGGAUCCCAACGGGGUUGACCUGCGUGCACAAAAUCGCUUGAGACGACGCUUAUAUGUCAGUCGGGGACCAAACUAUGUCUGGCACAUCGAUGGGUAUGACAAAUUAAAGCCUUAUGGGAUAUGUAUUAAUGGAUGCAUAGAUGGCUUUUCGAGGAAAAUGAUCUGGCUAGAAGCUAAUAAGACUAAUAGUGACCCUCACAUUAUUGCUGGCUAUUUCAUUGAUGCUGUGAUGGAGUAUAAUGGAUUUCCACAAAAGAUACGAAUGGAUCAUGGCACAGAGAACACUUAUGUGGCAGCGAUGCAAAGAUUUCUGCACAACACCGAGAAUGAAAAUGGUUUUGAAUCUGUUAUUCUCGGUCCGAGUACAAGAAAUCAAAGGAUAGAGCGAUGGUGGUGCACUUUAAGAAGUGAAUGUGCCCAGUUUUGGAUGGACCAUUUCGACCAGCUUAAAGCCGAUGGCUAUUUUGUUGACAGCUUUCUGGACAAAUCACUGAUCCAGUUUUGCUUCCUACAAACAAUACAGGUGGAGCUGGAUCAAGUUGUCCAUACAUGGAAUGACCAUCGUAUACGAUCUACAAAUAAUCCUCGGGCUCCUCCUGGUCGUCCCACAUUAAUGCAUGGUGUUCCCAACCUGUAUGGGGUUCCAAACUUUUUACAGUCUGCUAAUCUAACAAAGCUGGAAAUAUGUAUAGAAGAAUGUCGUUUCAAGGACUUUCCCUGUGAUGUUGAUGUAUUUCACUUAUGCACUGAACUCAUGACUGAGCACAGACUGGUAAUGACAGAUGAUGUGUAUGAAAUUACUAAUCUUUAUGUAAGACUCCGUCAAAUGAUCAGUGACGGGCUGAGGGAAUAGUUUCUCUAAGUU